AGGGAAUAAAACUCUUCAUAUUCCUUUUGAAUGUUGGGUUAUUGUUAAGGUUGUGAGGAAGAAGAUGGAGAAGGAGAAAGAGAAGAAGAAACAGAAAGAAUUGAUCUUUUCAAAUUCAAAGGUUUGUAAAAGGUGUAAACAGAGCUAUGACCCAAAUUCCAACAGUUCAUCCUCUUGCCGUUUCCACACUUCUUUCUUCGUUUGUCGCCGUCACGACGAUCAGAAGAGGUACUAUGAAUUGGGCCCGGAUGAUCCACCUUAUGCUGCAAAGUUCUAUGACUGUUGUGGGGCUGAAGAUCCUGAAGCUUCUGGUUGCACAACCAGCUUUCAUGUCUCUUAUGACGAAGACUGAUGUAAUUUCUCACUCUUAUUAGUUAGUAUUGGACAAUCUACUAUCAUCCUUGUCUCUUUUUUACCAUUGUAAGUUUCCAGAUUCUUCAUCUGUACUUUUUUUUAUGAAACAAACUGAAUUUGAUGAUAAUCUUUUCUUCAUU